AUGGCUUGCUGUGUGUUACAAAUCACUGGUCUAAUAUUUGGAGGUAUCGGCAUGGUUGGGACUUUGGCAGCCACAGCUAUGCCACAGUGGAGAGUUUCUGCCUACAUUGAUGUCAACAUUGUGGUAUUUGAGACCAUCUGGGAAGGACUGUGGAUGGACUGCAUCAGUCAGCUGGGCAUCAGGCUGCAAUGCAAAUUCUACGAUUCUCUUCUGGCUCUUCCUUCACCCUUGGAGGCAUUCAGAGCCCUCAUGUGCAUUGCAGUGAUCCUAUCAAUCAUUUCCUUUUUGAUGGCCAUUGUUGGUGUGAAGUACACUCAUCGGACUAAGGAGGAUUCUCAGGACAUCAGCACCUUUCUACUGGCAGCUGGAAUCGCCUUUCUCCUGACAGGCAUCCUUGUUUUGAUCCCUGUGUCCUGGACUGCAGGUAGCAUAAUUCGUGACUUCUAUGAUCCAGAAGUCCCUACACCACUGAAACGAGAACUAGGAUCUGCUCUCUAUGUGGGCUGGGCAAGUACUGCACUUCUCAUUGCUGCAGGGGCAAUGUACUGUAGUUUCUGGUGCUGGGCUGAUACAUCCUCAAAAUCCAGGUAUCCAUUGCUUUCCCACCACAGACUGCACAAACCUGAUUUUGCAGGAGGACCAUCUCUAAGUGUGCAUGCCUAUGUGUAG